AUGAUGAAAAAUCGCCUUUCAAUGUAAAUCUUGAGCAGAAUUUUGGAUAGACACAAGGUUUUAGACAUCCUAGGGAUGAGGGUUGACUUUAGCAUUUCCUGCACCUGGUACAGUUGUCAAAGAACCUUCAGCUGUGGUUAUUUUCCUACUUCUUGGACAAGGAGAGCAUGGGGAAAAGGCAUUUGAUGACUGGGUCAUGUGAUCAGUAGCUCUUGAAUCCAUGAUCAAGAAAUCCACAAAAGCUAUACUUUAUACACUAAAUCUAAUAGAGGAUGGAAACUCACCUGAAUGUGCCAAUGAUCAAGAGGCUAUGGGUUUGCUGUGAUUCCCAAUUAUAGAUCCCACCCUCUCAACCUUAUCUUGAUUGUAGCCACCUGACUCCUUUGGUGCUGUUUCAUCAUGCUAUACUGUCGUUACAUGGCUUGAACACUGUUCCUUGACUACUAUCCUUUCUGUCCCCAUUCCUGACUGGCCUGACCAUUCAGGAGUCUGACGCUCCUUCAAAGCUGUCAUCUGAUUUGCAUAUUUUGUAACUAUUCUGCUACCCUAUUUUGCCGCCAUUGUCUUCACCUUUACUUCAGAGACCUGAGCUGCAUCCCUAGGUUAAGGACAUGUCUGUUGGAUUGCAUCCUAAAUAUCCUUGGCAUUAGCCAAGAACAUACAUGUGUCACUAAUCUCAGGAGUCAUCCCGAUCACAAAAAGAGGUCCACCAUGAUGGGGGGUAAGGUACUUUCAUUCUUUCCAGAACAGAAAGAAUGAAAAGGGGACCGUCCUUUUUUUUCUUUCGGCAUGCUCCUAGGAUAUAAAGAACAUAAUUUCAUAACCAUGCCAUAAUUAUGGAAUCUUCUUCACCCCCAUGUCUCAGACCAAGGAUUCCCUGUUUUUUUUCCCUGUGCUUGUGAGAUGGCUGAUCUUCCCUUUCCUUUUUAGCACAGUGUGAACAAAUUGGAACCACCAAAGGAUUUUUUUUUCCACUCACUCUAUAUAUGCAGGUUGAAAGCCCAGCAAUUCUCCAGUUUGUUGAAACCAUAAAAGCCCCCAUUUCUACAAUGUCUGACAUCUGUAGAAAAACUGACAGUUGCUUGCAGUGA